ACAGAAAGAGCCGCUCCGCGGAACAUGUCCUCGCUGCUGAAGCCGUCCGAGGCCGAGGCCAGCCCGGCCAGGCCGGCCAGCCCGGCCAGCCCGGCCCCGGGGCCCCGGCUCCGGCCUCCGGGGCCCCCGGGGCUCCAGCUGCCUCCGGCCGGCUCCUUGACCGGGAGGAGCCUGGCGGCGGCCGCCGUCGUCCCGCGGAGGAGGACGCACCCCGGGAAGGCCAUCCUGGCAGGUGGGAUCGCUGGGGGGAUUGAGAUCUGCAUCACCUUCCCCACCGAGUACGUGAAGACCCAGCUGCAGCUGGACGGGAGAGCCAACCCCCCUCGCUACAGGGGCAUCGGCGACUGCGUGAAGCUGACGGUGCAGGACCACGGGCUCCGAGGAUUGUACCGGGGCCUCAGCUCGCUGCUCUACGGCUCCAUCCCCAAGUCUGCAGUCAGGUUCGGCACCUUCGAGAUGCUCAGCAGCCCGAUGCGCGACGCCACGGGCCGGCUGGACAACACGCGCAGCCUGCUGUGCGGUCUGGGCGCCGGCAUCGCCGAGGCCGUCGUGGUCGUGUGUCCCAUGGAGACGCUGAAGGUCAAGCUGAUCCACGACCAGUGCUCGCUGCGGCCGCGCUACCGGGGCUUCUUCCACGGCGUCAGUGAGAUCGUCAGGGAGCAGGGCGUGAGGGGAACCUAUCAGGGGCUGACGGCCACCGUGCUGAAGCAGGGGAGCAACCAGGCCAUCCGCUUCUACGUCAUGAACGCGCUGAGGAACUGGUACAAGGGCGACGACCCCAGGCGAGAGAUGCACCCGAUCGUCACGGCGAUGUUCGGAGCCACGGCGGGAGCCGCCAGCGUGUUCGGGAACACUCCCCUGGACGUGGUGAAGACCAGGAUGCAGGGUUUGGAGGCCCAUCGCUACAAAAACACCGUGGACUGUGCCUUCCAGAUCCUGAAGCAAGAGGGGCCGCAGGCGUUCUACAAGGGGACGGUUCCCCGGCUGGGCCGCGUCUGCCUGGACGUGGCCAUCGUCUUCGUCAUCUACGAGGAGGUGGUGAAGCUGCUCAACAACGUGUGGAAGACGCAGUAGCGCCGGCCGGGGGGGGGGACAGACCAGUGCCUCGACAUACGCACAACCCAACACCUCCACCGCAGUUCACCCGCGUCUGCAGACGCCGCCGCCGCGACCGCUGUCACUGUUACGCAGCGCUAACUCCCGCUCCCACCGCGCCGGGACAAACCGGCCCCUCCUCCGGUUCCUCCUCCGGCUCCUCCGGCUCCUGUCGGCGGGUGAACUCGUGUGCUGAAACCAGAAAUGUGUCUUGAUUCACUGAGAACUUACUAACCUCCUGAGCAAAGAUGCAGAUCUUGUUGCAGGAAUGUAACCCGUAGUAACGCGUGGUCGCACCGACGCUGCUGACCCGGCGGUGAUCCAUCAGCUGCUCCAGCAGACCCAUCUCAUGCGGUUCCAGCCGCUUCCAGGGCUGGUUCUCAUACCCCUUUUCCACCAAACCGGUUCCAGGCUGUUUCU